GUAUGCAGCUGUAAACCACAGGACACUCUUUCACACAUUAGCUCGUUGACUCUAGCUCACCUCUUGCAUUCGCUGAUUUAUGUUUGACAAGUAAAGAUGGACCACAAUUUCUUGUGUAUCAGCUUGUGUAUCUUUUGUGUAUCUCAAUCAAUGAUGGCUUUCAACAUUGAUCCUGCUACAUGGAGAAGUUUCAGAGGACCUUCACAGCUCUCAAAUGUUGCCUUUGGCUAUAAGAUAAUACAGAAUGAAUCAAAAAGUGUGAUUGCAAGUGAUCCUUUAAUUCAAAUCAACCAAGAUCGAAGAGGACAAAUUUAUAGCUGUUCUGUUACACAAAGAAGCUGCUCACCACUAAACAUAAAAGUGCCUUCUGAAGCCUUCAACAUGUCUCUUGGACUUUCCAUGACUCAAGAUCUCUUCAAAGGCUCUUCAGAAUUGGCAAUUUGUGGUCCAACCAUUCCAAAAAUAUGUGCAGGAGUUACCACCUACAAUGGCAUGUGCUUUGUUAGUGAAAACAAGUUUGACACAACUAUACCAACAGUUUUGAGAGAUUGCCCUGGUCAGAUUGAUAUAGCUUUUUUGUUGGAUGGCUCUGGGAGUGUAACCGAUAAUGAUUUUAAUAAGAUGAAGACUUUUGUGAUAAACAUGAUUGAACGUUUCACUGGACGCAAUGCACAGUUUGCUAUUGCACAGUACUCUUCCAGUUGUGAUAUUCACUACAACUUCAAUGAACUCAAAGACAGCAAGUGGAAAAUUAAUAUUAUGAAUAUACAGCAGAUGCAUGGAGGAACCAGCACUGCAAAGGCCAUCAUCAAAGUUCUGGACUAUCUAUUUACGAACACUGGAGGGGCAAGAGCAGAAGCAAAACAAAUCUUGCUUGUCAUUACUGAUGGAGAAUCAUUUGACAGACACCUUCUGCCAAAAGCUGCAUCAGAUGCACAAGCAAAGAACAUCACUCGUUUUGCUAUUGGGGUUGGCAAUGCUUUUGAUAAUCAUAAUGCAAAAUGGGAGUUGAAUACAAUUGCAUCUGAUCCAGACAUUGACUAUGUGUUUAAAGUGACAAAUUUUGAUGCAUUGAAUAAUAUUCUUCAAAAGCUGGAAGAGAACAUUAUUGCCAUAGAAGGAACCCAGACUUCUGGUGACUCCUCCAAAAUGGAAUUUGCCCAGGAUGGAUUUAGCACAGCUUUCUCAUCAUAUGGAAGUGUGUUACUGAGUACUGUGGGAGCUUAUCAGUGGAAAGGUGGAUAUGAGGAAUACUUUCGAACAAAUUCUUUUCAAUCGGGCACUGAGCAUGACAGUUAUUUAGGCUAUUCAGUGGCUACUGCAAAACUGUCAAGCUUUGACUUCGCAUAUCUUGGAGCUCCAAGAUACAAGCAUCAAGGACAAGUCAUUGUUAGGCAACUCCGUGACAGUUCGCUUACAUCGACGCUGGAUUCCCCCCAGCCUCAGAUUGGGUCAUAUUUUGGAGCUGAGGUGUGUGUGGUGGAUUUGAACUCUGACUCCAACACAGACCUCCUGCUGGUUUCAGCACCAACAUAUACAAUGGCUGACGGGGAGGGCAAAGUGUUUGUCUAUUCACUCAGUCCACACAAACCUUACGCUACUUUUUCACGUACGGUCCUGGUAGGCAUAGCAGGACAGUGGGGGAGAUUUGGCUCUUCUCUGGCCAGUCCAGCGGAUCUAAAUGAUGACGGUUUCAGGGAUGUGCUGAUUGGAGCUCCCUUUGAAGAAGAUAGGCAGGGCAGCAUCUACAUAUUUAAUGGUAGAAAUGGAGUGAUCAGUUCAACAUACUCACAGAGGAUUGUGGGAUCAUCUGUGGAACGAGGUUUGCAGUACUUCGGGAUUUCAUUAAGUCAGUUAUCUCUAGACCAAAGUGGAGACAACCUACCUGACAUUGCUGUUGGAUCAAUGGGAGCAUUUCUGCUUCUCAGGUCCAGACCCAUUAUGCGCUUGGAAACAAAGGUAACUUACAGACUAUCUAAAAUCCCAACCAGUGAAUCAGACUGCCCAAAGACAUUGGAAAACACUCUGACAGUGUGCUUCACCAUGAGUGCAUACAAGCAUGCUGUAACAGGUUUGUCUGCAAAUAUUAAUUACACCAUAAAGCUGGAUGCCAAGCGAGAGAAAUUUCGAGCAUACUUCUCACCCAAAAACCGUGUCCUCAAUGUUAAGAUGACUAUCAGGAUGACGGAAAAAUGCAGCGAUCAUCGUUUUUCCAUAGAUGUUUGUUCAGAAGAUGCCCUGAACCCGUUGUCCAAUCAGUUAACUUUCAUAUUUGAGGGCCUUCCAUCUAGCAUGGAAGGCUUGAGGCCAGUACUCCUGCCAGAGAUAAAGAACACUACAGAUUAUAAUUUGGAUUUUGAGAUAAACUGUGGAACUGAUAACAUCUGUGUUGAUGAAAUCAGAAUGGAUUUCAAUUUCUCCGGAUCUACAAAUAUAGAGGUUGGGAUCAUGCAGGAGAUUAAUGUGACAGUGUUUGUAGAGAACAGAGGAGAAAACUCAUACAACACUGACUUCACCCUCAAAUACCCCUUAGGACUUUCCUACAGGAGAAUCACCUCUAAACAGGGCAGAGUGGAGUGUGUGUCUCUUGAUGGUGAGCAAGGGGUUUCACUGGGAGAGACCAUCUGCCACAUCAGUAGCCCCAUUCUCAAAACCAAUGCUCAGGUUGUGUUUGAGAUUACAUACAGUAUUAAUAAAGAAAGUAUGUUUGGCCAAAAUGUGACAUUUAGUGCUGUGGCCAAAAGUGGGAAUGACAAACACUCUGUCAACAGUGAAUUAUCCAAAGGGAAAACCAUUGGUGUCAAAUAUGCCAUCAAUAUUGUCUUGAUAAGGCACGAAAAUUCCAGCAUCCACAUUAAUUUUACAGCAGGGAAAAAGCCUCUUCAGAGACCAGUGCAACAAAUAUUACAGGUUGAAAAUGAACUAAGAGAAUUAAUUUUCAAAGUUUUCAUCAGAGUGCCAGUAAAACUGGGAAAUAUUGACAUCUGGAAAAAUCCUAAUUUACAAAUUUCAGGCUGUGAGAAGAAGAUGACAGAGAAACCUGUAGUUACCAAUUUUAUAGAAGUUAUCAAAAAGCAACAUGUGGUGAACUGCUUUGUGGCAGCGUGUGAAGUGUUCAGUUGUGAUGUAAAUCUCCUGAAAAAUGAAAAGAAACUCUAUUAUAUAUCUGACAAUGUGAGCUCUGGUUGGAUUGAGCAGACUGGGCUCAGAGCUGCAGUUUUUCAGUUGGUCAGCACAGCAUCUCUGGAUUAUGACAUGAGCAAAUACAUUUUCUUCUCCACUGAUUCUCAACACACUGCUCCAACUGUCCAGAUUAAUACCCAAGUGGAGGUGUAUGAGGAGGUGAACCUCACAAAAGAGAUCAUUGGUGGAGUAAUAGGUGGACUGCUGCUACUGGCACUUAUCACAGCAGCUCUUUAUAAGGCUGGGUUCUUCAAAAGCCAAUACAAGCAGAUGCUGCAAGAUGCACAGGAGGAUGCAGGAGGGGAGCCAGUGACAGCACAAUAAUGUUAACAUCUACAAAUGUAGUCAAAAUUUUAGUUAUAAGUUUUAUGAGAAUUUCUAAUAUACUAUAUAAAUUGUAUUCUGUAAACUAGGUGCUAGUUUGCUUAAAGGGAUAGUUCACCCAAAAAUGAAAUUCUCUCAUCAUUUAUUCAUCCUUAUGCCAAUUCAUGUGUAUAACUUUCUUUCUUCUUCUGAAAACAAAGAUUUUUAGAAGAAUAUCUCAGCUCUGUAGGCCCAUACAAUGCAAGUGAAUGGUGACCAGAACUUUGAAUUUCCAAAAAUCACAUAAAGGCAGCAUAAAAGUAAUCCAUACUACUCCAGUGGUUAAAUCCAUGUCUUCAGAAGUGAAAUGAUAGGAGUGAAUGAGAAACAGAUCAUUAUUUUAGUACAUAUUUACUAUACAUUUCCACUUUCACUAUUAUUUCUACAUUCUUCUUUUGUUUUUUGGCAAUUCACAUUCUUCAUGCAUAUCGCCACCUACUGGUCGGGGCUGGUCAAUGGUGGAGAUUUAUAGUAAAAAGGACUUAAAUAUUGAUCUGUUUCUCACCCACAACUAUCAUAUAACUUCUAAAAAUAUGUAUAUACUCACCAGAGUCUACCAGAGAAUACUUUUAUGCUGUCUUUGUGGUUUUUGGAGAUUCAAAUUUCUGACCACCAUUCACUUGCAUUGUAUGGACAUACAGAGCUGAAAUAUUAUUUUAAAAAUCUUUAUAUUUGUUCUGCCAAAGAAAAAAAUUCAAACACAUCUGGGAUGGCAUGAGGGUGAGUAAAUGUCAUGAUGAGUCAUUUUUGAGUGAACUACCCAUUUAAGUAUUGAUUAGUUUUGUUGUUUUGUAACAUAUAAUCUCUUUAACCACAGGAAGUAAGACAAUUCUUUGGCCUGCUUUAGAACAUUUUAUUAGGAAGAAAACUAAACAAAUAUUGAGCUUACUGCUAAUCAUUGCAUCAAGAGUGGAUCAGUGAGGUCAACGAGUUACCACCAAGAAAAUAUUUGGCUUCUUUUGUGUUAGAAAACUGAUUAAAGAAAGUGCGAAUCAUUACAGAAAUAUUUGACUGCUUAUGCAGGUUUGUUUCUCUUUUUUUCAGCUUGGAAAUGUCUUUUUCUGUUUCUUAGUAGAUUUCCAGAUAAAUGGUAUUUUGAGCUCUGGUUGUAUUUUGGGGAGAAAAAAAAAUGUUGUACUGGAUUCAUACUCCGCAUGCUAAACAGCUUCUUUUCAAUAUUUUUAGUAUUAUGAGUGAAGUAUAAAAAGUGUAAUACGAAAUUCAAAGAUUUUUAUAAAUAAAGUAUUACAUCAAAGGUU